CCGUGUGGAAAAACAGGUUUUAGGCCACAGCCACUCGGCUACAGCUCGAGCUUCACGCCCUGUGCGGGAGCUCUGAGGCGAUUUAACAGUACUGUAUCAUCGUCGGAAUACUACGGGCACGAAUUUCGGCGCUCGUCGCGCGGCAGGACAAAAAACAGCCACAUCCUGGAGGAAGCCUGUUUUCCCAUCGCGGCGCACGCGUCGCGCGACCGACGAGAAAGGAGUGGAGGGACACGACAACCGGCCGCUGAUUCAUGACGAGCGAAACCGCCGCGCAGGUCUCGGGACUCGGGACGCGAUGGCCGACACCGCCAUGGGCCCGGCGCCGCUGGAGCGCCAGGAGAGCGUGCCGAUGGAGAUCAUGAACAAGUGCGCCUACGGCGAGCCCUCGACGAAGACGAUCAUGGUCAUGGGCGCCGUCGCCGCGGUACUGGCCUCGAUCACCGUCUACUGCAUCGUCUCCUGGGCGCGGCGCUCCGCGCGGGCCAAGUUCAAGGCCAUGAUCAAGAGCGUCUUCGAGGAGGUCGACCACGACCACGGCGGCACCGUCGACAGCGACGAGCUCUACACGGCCGUCUUGCUCGUCUACCUCCAGGUGAGGGAGAGUACUUAAGCGGUCACGAACGCUAGACUAACUCGUGCGCCGGCGCAGGUGAAUAAGGCCAUCCGCGUCAUCGGCGCGGUCAAGCCCCCGAAGCGCCAUUCGGUGGAUGAGGUCCUCGCGCAGUACGCGAAAGACAACAAGUCGGGCAAGGAGCUCAACCAGGACCAGUUCGAGGACGUCAUGAAGAUCCUGUCCAAGGACGUCGCCGGCCGCGUGACGGUGACGUGCGGCAUCAUGGUCGGCUGCCCGAUGCUCGGCGGCAUUCUGGUGAAUAUGGCGCUCGCCAAGUUCGGCCGCCCGUCGGCGGCGCGCCCCUGCGGCAGCCUCCUGUUUACCUUACUCGAGCCCCAGUUCCCGACGAUCGUCUCCCUCGUCCUCAUGCUCGUGCUCCUUCCGUUAUUGCUGGACGCGCUCGACAGCUACCUCGAGAACCGCCAGUCGAAGCUCGGGGCCAUGAAGGAGCUCGUGCGCGCCGACUCGACGCCGAAGGCGACAGCGGCCGAGUCUUCCGUGCGCAAGGAGGCCGACAAGCUCGCCCAAGCCGUCGAGACGGCCGCCGAGGAAGUCAAGCCCGUCGCGGAGGCCGCGCCCAAGAAGAAGGGGCUUCUCGCCGUUCAAGGGCUUCGGCAAGAAGAAGGAGGCCCUGAGCGGCGCGCCGGAGGCCUCGCGGCGGCCGCCGCGCCGCCGCCCGCUCCC